AAUAACAAAAUGGCAUCAAAUCCGAGUCUAGACCCCCCGCACUGGAAACCCGCCGUUCUCACCAAACGCAACACCCAGAUCAACUCGAUCCCCACAUCCUGGCAGCUCCCAGAAUCAGUGUUGGAAAAUCUACCUGCUUCAAGCAUACAAGUUAUCCGAUCCAGCGGCAUUUUAACCGCAGAUGAACUAUCCUGGACCGAGACAACCGAUAUCCGCGUCCUAGUCUCGCUCAUCACCUCACGCCGCGUAAGCAGCGAGCAGCUCACGACAGCAUUUUGCAAACGCACCGCGAUUGCACAGCAGGUGAAUAAAUGUCUUACGGAGAUAUUUUUCGAAAGGGCGCUUGCGAAGGCAAGAGUGUUGGAUGAGUAUCUGGAAAGAACAGGGAAGGUGAUUGGCCCUUUGCAUGGAAUUCCAGUUUCCGUUAAGGAUCGGUUCGAUGUUCGAGGGGUUGAUACAACAGUCGGUUGGGUCGGUCUCAUCAAUAAACCGGCUAAAACUUCUAGCUCGAUUGUUCAACUUCUCGAGUCGAUGGGUGCGGUGAUGUACGUCAAGACUAACAUUCCGCAAUCAUUAAUGAUGUCCGACUCGUAUAACCAUGUCUUCGGCCAGUCGGUCAACUCUUUCAACCACGCUCUCAUCUCCGGUGGGAGCUCAGGUGGCGAAGGUGCCCUUGUCGGGUCUUGCGGUAGUAUCCUGGGAAUCGGCACUGAUAUCGGUGGCUCAAUUCGAGUACCAUCGGACCUGCAAGGUCUGUAUUCUAUCUGUCCAACGACAGGCCGUGUGCCGUGGGACUGUUCUAUCCUCCAUCAACACUAUCUCGUCCCACCAGUAGCAGGACCAAUGUCUACCUCCUUAUCAACAUCAGAAUACUUCAUGGAAAAACUCCUCGCCUCCGAGCCCUGGACUCUUGACCCGGCCGCAAUUCCGAUUCCCUGGCGCAAGGAGCUCGCCACGCCUCCAACAGACCGCAAACUCAAGCUUGGUGUCGUAUUUGACGACGGCGUCGUCAAGCCGCAACCUCCAAUCGCACGAGCUAUGCGGGAAACGGCGCAGGCAUUACGAGACGCUGGGCACGAAGUCAUUGAAUGGGACACAACCCUCCACACACCAGCAACGAAUCUCUGGACAAAAGCCAUCCUCGGCGACGGCGGCGCCCACUGCCGAAAGCUGUGUGCUAUAAUUGACGAGCCACUCAUUGAAGGGAUGGUCGUUGGCACGGAGAAAGAUAUGUUGUCAAUUCAAGAACGGGAAAAAGUAGAAGAGCAGAAAUAUGACCUGCAGACGCGGAUGGUGGCUCAGUGGGUCGAUGCGGGCAUCGAUGCCCUCAUAAUGCCGGUUCUGCCCUGGGUUGGAUAUAAACCCAAGACCUGGGUGAAAAGUAGCCAGUGGCUGGGGUAUACGGCUAUGUGGAAUUUGCUCGAUUAUGCGGCUGUGACUGUUCCUGUUGCUAGGGCAGAUAAACAGGUUGAUGUUGGUGAUGCGGAGUGGAAGGCUCAUGUUGGAAGGAAUGAAUCCGAUGAGUUUAAUUAUGCACAGUAUGAUAUCGACCUGGUAGAUGGAAUGCCCAUUUGUGUGCAGAUUGUUGGAGGGCGGUUUGGGGAAGAGAAAGCAGUUGCUGUUGGAAAGGUUGUUGAUGAAUUGAUGAACAAGACUCCAUUUCACCCAGUAACCAACAACUGA